AUGAACUGUAUGCUUUGGGUCUUCUAUGGACUCCCUAUUGUUCACAAGGAUAGUAUCCUUGUCACCACCAUUAAUGGAGUCGGUUUGUUUAUCGAAGCUAUCUACUUGGCCAUCUUCUUGUACCACUGUGGCGAAAAGAAGAACUUCCGCAGGAACAUUGUGAUAUCUCUGGUGGCUGAGGUUAUUGCUGUAGCAGCGAUUGUUUUGAUUACUCUCCUCGCAAUCCAAAACUUUGCUACUAAACAAAUGUUCGUUGGUAUUAUCUGUGAUGUCUUCAACGUUGCCAUGUAUGCAGCUCCUUGUCUUGUCAUCAAAAAAGUUUGGGAUACAAAGAGUGUUGAGUACAUGCCGUUUUGGUUAUCUUUCAUUAGUUUCUGUAACGCUGUGAUUUGGACUUCCUACUCUUUGAUCUACAAAGUCGACCUCUACGUUCUUAUAAGCAAUGGAAUCGGAGCUUUCUUGUGUUUAUCACAGCUAGUAGUCUAUGCUUGUUUCUUCAAGUCUACACCAAAGGAUAAAGCUGGAAAGCCAUCGGAAAUUGAGAUUUCGGCGACGGAGAGAGUCUGA